CAAAAUCACGAGUUAUCGGACUUCUCAUAAAAUAUGAUAAAAUUGUAAACAUUGGAAUAUUUUCGAAUUUUAUAUUGAAUAAAACAUUAAAAUGGUGUGAGAAUUAAGCUUGAACACCCAGAAAAGUGUCUCACAGUCACAAAGCCUCGAUUUACAUAUUCCAGUAAGUUUUACAGCAUGUAAUAUCAAGAAAGGUGAGAAAAUAUUUCCUAACAAGAUGACCGACAUCCAAAGCUUACCAUUAGAGAUUUUUAUAGAAAUAUUAGUGAACACAGAUGGUAUAACGCUUGGUAAAUGCCGCAGAGUAUGCAAAAACUGGAAAGACGUUAUUGAUAACACAGAUUAUUUAUGGGAGAAUAUAUGUCUAAAUGAAUAUAAAUAUCCUUCAAUAAUCGCAAGAAGAAAGGCAAGCAAGGAUUUGAAAUGGUAUCACAUAUACAAAAACUUAUUUAAGUGGUCUAACCUCGACGAAUAUGAGAAAGAUUUCAAACAAUUUUAUGUAUUUUUACAUCAUGACAUAAACCAUGCCUUGGAUAUAGAAUAUGGUGUUUUACCUCUGAAAGAGACGAGAGGCAUGAUCCUCUACGACACUAGCACUCUAAAACUCAUACCAGUCGCUGUACCAGACCAGAAUGUGUUAAAAAUAGCCAAUAAUGAUAUAGCAACAGUAAUUUUAUUGACUUCAGGACUAUUAAUUCAAAAAACAGUUGACAAUUGCACUGAUAUGUCAGAAGCAUUCUUCAAAGCUGAAAUGUUUGUUUUGGGUACAGAUGCAGUAUAUUUCUGCGAUGAUCAGGAUGUUUACAUGUGCGACUUAAAACUAAAAACUUUGAGUAGAAAGUUAAUAGUACAUAUUGAGUAUAGUAUUAAGCAAAUGCAAUACAAUGAUGACACUAUAUACAUUUUCACGAAAUGCGGAAAAAUAUUGAGUAUAACUAGAGACCAUAGAAUGCAAAUGAAACCGAUAAACUGCCCUCCAGAAUGGAUCGUUCAGAUCAAAUACAUCACAAUAGUUAAUGCAAGAAAUUUCAUUUGUUAUUCAAAAAAUUUGUUCAAAAUAGAAACAGAGAAGUAUCAGCAUUUGUACCUGGAUUUUCCGUUGGUAACAGCAUUGUUUUUUUACAUUGAUUUUGUAUUGAUUGGAACGAGGCAAGGGGAGAUAUUGUUGUAUCGUCUUUCGAGUCAGAAAAAAGGUAUGAAACCGAUAUUCGAGAAGAUUGCCCAGUUACCGGAGAUGAAGUAUGCUUUACGUCUGGAUGUUUGUGAAAGGGAAUCUGGUCCGGUUAUAAUAGCUGCAACAUUUUUUGAUAUUAUGAUAUUGGAAUUAACAUUCUUCCCUCAUGAACUUGAAAAGAAGAAAUCGUACCCGCCCCAUCAACUUACAAUGUUUAAAAGACUGACAACACUGAGGGAUCGUUUGAGGAUGGGAGUGCCCAGCUUGAAGGCUAUUGCUUAGUGCUUAAACAUAGUAUUGUCUCCAUUAUCAUCAUCAGUCCUGUAUUAUAUACUGUCCCACUUUUGGGCACGGGUCUCCUCUACUAUUAGAUUAGGCCUUAGUCCACCACGCUGGCCUAGUGCGGAUUGGUAACUUCACACAUCCUCGAAAUUCCUAUAGAGAAUUUCGCAGGUACGCAGGUUUCCUCGCGAUGUUUUCCUUCACCGUUGAAGCGAACGUUCAUUCACAAAGAAUACACACUUAUUUUUUUAGAAAAGUGUGAGGUAUGUGCCCUUGGGAUUUGAACCUGCGGACAUUCGUCUCGGCAGUCCGUUCCACAACCAACUAGGCUAUCGCCGCUUGUCUCAAUUAGGCUCCAUGAUUUUGUUAUGUAAAUUUAUACCCUCUAUCAUUUCAUUAAGGUUUACUUUUCUGCUGCUGCUAGAAAUCUUUAUAGAGCAAUUAGGGCUAUGAGUUUCACCCAAUUUACAUAGUAGGUACUAUAUUGAGCUUAUAAAACAACAAUAAAACAAGAAAUAAUUAUGAAAGAAUGUGGAAUCAAUAUUUCAAUUUCUUGUUCAUUUUUAAAAAGUUACAGUAUAUUUUUGGGUUGAAUAUAGUAUUUUAUUGUAUUCCUUCCUAAAAAGUAAAUCUUGAAAUUACACCUGUAUAUUUUGUUUCCAAAUAGUAAAGUAUUUCUCAAAAUAAAUCUAUGUAACGAAUCAUAUUUUUUCUGCAAAAAAUUUCUGCCUCAUCUGUUUUUGUUUUAUCUUAAUGCAUUCGUCUUAUAAAAGAAUUUAUAAAUUAAUAUAUUAAGACAAAAAAAAAACAGAUGAGACACAAAGAAGCGUAAUAAUAUACUCAAAUACUUUAUGUUAUUUGUAAAUCGCUCUUUUUACAGUAUUAAACAUUAUAUUCGUAGCAAAUACAGAAUACAAUUUUAAGAAAAAAAAGUCUAAAUACAACCAGAGAGAAUAAUAGAAUAGUCAUGUGGCAUAGCUUCCGUCGUACGAGGCUGCGCGGCCGAAUAUUUCCGGAAACACCCGAUGUCAUUGGCGAGGGCAGCGGCUCGUGAAAAUUUAUUAGUGAUCUGGCAUUCUGAAAUUGCGUUGAUUUAAACUGUAUAAUAAGCAAUAAGUUGUUAACUAAUUUAUUUGUUAAAUAAUUGUGUAUUUAUAAUUUAUUUUGCUGUAAUUAUAAUAAAUCGUAUUGAAAA